CAACAUUCGAUGUCUUCUGCUUCCCUCCUCUGUUUCAAUAAUCAGGUUCUGUUCUGUGGGGGCCAUGAGUCGUAUAACUUUCUGAGUUCUGGAAAAGCAAAAGUAACGUAUCCUUUUCUUCUUGGUUCUGAUUCUUCCUGAGGGAAGAGGGGAGCAGCCAUUAAGGAACCCCAAAAGACGCUUUCUCACUUGCUACCUCCAGUCUCUACUGCUUUGAAGUCCGGAACCCCAAAAGGUAUGGACUAUGGACAGUCUUUGAUUCUGUAGUUUGCUCAACUGAGUGAGUUCUUCUUUGUUACGGGUAAGAAAAGGGCCAUUCUCAUCUUCUCUCAAUCUGCAUUGGAUCAUCUUCGUCUUCUCUUCACAUAAUCUUUUUGGGUUUUGAUUGAAAGGGGGAACUCAUAGCAUUUUUGUGCUCUUUGUAAAUAGUGAUGACGAUGAUGAGUAUUACUUGCAUUUCGGAACUAUCAUCUGUUUAACAUCUGAAUUGUAGUUGGUAAUUCAUAUGGCUUGAACUCCUAUUUCCCUUUUUAGGCAAAGGUUGGUUUCACAUCUCCUAUUUCUCAGUCUCAUUAGCGGCUUAUCUUUGCAGGGUUUUCUUCCCCAAUAAACCCCAUUCUGAUUUCCUCAUUUCCUCAUCUGGGUAGUCGGGAAAUGGGUUUUAUUUCUUGGGUAAAUUGUUGUUAGGAUGCAUCUCUUUCUCUGUUGCCCGCCGUUCUUCACAUCGAUUAUAACCUCCAUGGGGUCUCUUUGACGCCCUCUUUUCGUCCAUCCUUUUCAUCAACAUAGUUUCAGUUGGUUCUUAGGCAUUUAAUCAUGCUUUCUAGCAAAGUGCAUGAAGUUAUUCUAUCCUUUGUAGCACUAAGGUGCCUGUAGCUAUUCUAUCAUUCAUAGCUUAAAUCUUGGGUGUAAACUGCUUAGAGAAUAUUGUUUGUUUUUAUCAGGGACUGAAGGUAUUGGUUGGUAUAAAUAUCAAUUUUCUCAUGGGUAGCAUUAGGGGUGACGAUUGGGAUGAGGAAUGCUCUUACAUUGGAGACAAAGGAGAGAUUGGAUUUAUUGAUUACGAGGAUGAUAAAUCAGUAUGCAGCUACAAUCCGCAUGAUGAAGGCCCAAUUGUUAUUUCUGUCCCAUUCCCUUUUAACCGUGGAAAGCCUCAAUCCGUAUUUGUAGGGGAAACAGCUGCACAUUCUAUCACGAUACAUAAUACCACCUCUGAACCAGUUGAACUUUGGGCAGUUAAGAUUUACUGUUCAACCCCUGCAGACUCUUACACACUAUCGUUGAUGGAACCUCCUUCAGUGAAUUCAGAUAUGGAGACCAUUCGAGGCUUCUUAGAAUCUUUUUCCUUGGAAGAUAGAGUCCUUCAGCCAGGCCAGAUUCUCAAAAUAUGGUUAUCAUGCAAACCGAAGGACAUUGGUUUGCACACGACAGUGGUGCAUUUUGAUGUUGGUGAUGACAGGAUAGAGCGGGUUGUUUUUCUUUUGGUUGAAGAUAAGGUUGCCCAAUCUCUGUCUGCAGACAAGCCAUAUUCAAGAGCCCCCCGAAGGAAACAAUUUGCAGUUAAGGAGUAUGUGGCAGGUUCUCGUCCUGCAAGGGGAGCACCAAUACGAAGUUUCAAGUAUAGGCUUCCUCAUUAUGAGAUCCCAAAAGACCUUAGGGAUAUGUUGGAGAGUAAAAAAGUCCCUUAUGUUAUCACAGAAGGUCUAACAAGGGAGAAUUAUGUUGAAUACUUCAAUGUUUUAUUGAUUAUGGAAGAAUUACAUAUGGAGGAAGAAAUGAGGGGCCAUGACAUGGAAUGUGUCACCAUGAAGAAGAGGGGAGCUCAAUUCUUGGCCCUUGAGGUACCUGGACUGGCUGAGAAAAGACCUUCAUUGGUCUACGGUGACUAUGUUUUUGCCAAGCUUGCUGCUUCAGAUCUAGAUGACAAUGCCCCACCAUAUCAGGGGUUCAUACAUCGUGUUGAGGCUGACGAAGUGUUGUUGAAGUUUGCCGAUGAAUUCCACCAGCGGCACUGUGACACUAACAUGUACAAUGUUAGAUUCAGUUACAAUAGGGUGAAUAUGAGAAGGCAAUAUCAGGCUGUUUCUUCAGCACAAAGUUUAGACAAUGUUCUCCUCUUUCCAUCGCAACGAUCCAAUAAGAGGGUGAUCGAUACAAACCCAAUGGUUCCCUUGAAUCAAACUCUCAAUGAAGAGCAAAUGGUUUCGGUUGAAAUGAUACUGGGUUGCAAAGGAGCACCACCUUAUGUGAUUCAUGGGCCACCAGGUACAGGUAAAACCAUGACAUUGGUGGAAGCAAUCUUACAGCUUUAUACAAAUGGAAAGACAGCCAGGAUUCUUGUUUGUGCGGCCUCUAAUUGUGCAGCAGAUCACAUAUUAGAGAGGCUCACCUCUAAGGAUAUUAUUGAAGUUCGGGAGAAUGAGAUAUUCAGGUUAAAUGCUCAAAACCGUCCUUAUGAGGACCUUCACCCUGACCAUAUCCGUUUUUGCUUCUUUGAGGAUCUGAUCUUCAAGUGUCCUCCAUUGAGGGCUUUGAUGCGCUACAGGAUCAUUGUAUCCACUUAUAUGAGUGCAUCUCUGCUAUAUGGUGAAGGCAUCAAACGAGGCCACUUCUCUCAUAUUUUCUUGGAUGAGGCUGGCCAAGCUUCUGAGCCAGAGACAAUGAUCCCUAUUUCACAUCUUUGCCGAAGGGAAACUAUUGUUGUUUUGGCUGGAGAUCCAAUGCAAUUAGGCCCCGUUGUCUACUCCAGAGAUGCAGAGACAUACGGUUUAGGAAAAUCAUACCUAGAAAGGCUCUUUGAAUGUGAAUGCUACUACAGUGAGGAUGGAAAUUUUGUCACAAAACUGGUGAGGAAUUAUCGAUGCCAUCCAUCAAUCCUGGAAUUACCUUCAAGGCUCUUCUAUAAGGGGGAAUUGAUUGCCUGUAAAGAAGAGACAAAUGCCUCUAUGUGUUCUUGGUUGGAUAUCCUUCCUAACAAAGAGUUUCCAGUUAUGUUCAUUGGAAUUCAAGGAUGUGAUGAAAGGGAAGGAAAUAAUCCAUCGUGGUUUAAUCGAAUUGAGGCUAGCAAGGUUGUAGAGAUCAUCACGAAGCUGAGAACAAUGGGCGAUGUGAACGAGUCAGAUGUUGGGAUAAUAACUCCUUAUCGCCAGCAAGUACUUAAGUUAAAGAAAGCCCUUGAAAAUCUGGAUAUGCUGGAUCUAAAGGUUGGGAGUGUGGAACAAUUUCAGGGACAAGAAAGGGAAUUCAUAAUUGUCUCUACUGUCAGAUCUACAGUCAAGCACAAUGAAUUUGAUAGAGCACAUUGUUUGGGAUUUCUUAGCAAUCCCAGGAGAUUUAAUGUUGCUAUUACUCGUGCGAAAUCUUUGCUCAUAAUUGUUGGUAACCCGCAUAUUAUCUGCAAGGAUCCAUAUUGGGCUAAGAUUUUAUGGCAUUGCUCUGACAACAACUCUUAUCAGGGUUGUCCUCUCCCUGAAAGGCUAGAGGAUCCCAAGGAAUAUUGGGAUGGUGAAGACAAUACACAGCCCUCUGACAAUGCAGCAUGGGGUGAUGAAUCCUUCCAGCCCCAGGUAGAAGAGACACCUCAGCCAGUUACUGAUGAAGCUGAAUGGUCAGAUGGGUGGAAGUAAACAAAUUCGUCAGGAGUGUGGCACUGUAAAGUUUCCUUUUCAGUGUUUUCUUAUACUAUGAUGAAUCAUUUCUUUUCUAGUAAAUGCCAUACCCUUCUACGGGUAAUUUCAGGUAUUAUAAUCUGGUCCAUUUGGUUAGGGUGAUUUUAUUUAUUGGAGUGGAAGUUGUAAUUUGAAAGAGAAAUGGGGUGGACCUUUUCAUACAUUGGGUUAUCCUGAGCGGUAGUAUUUGUUUACUAUGAAACCGAGUGUUAUUAUACUAUCACAAGGCAAUUCACUCCCCCAACCCAUCAUCUGGAUGUACAGAACUUUUCUGUAUACUGAAUGAUGUUGAGCUUUA